AGAGUAAUUAUUACUCUAUGGAUUAUAAGUUACUCUAUGGUUUUAACUUGUGAUAAGAAUAUAAGAUGAUAACAUAUCAAAAUCAAAUCAAUAACUGACGUCUUUCGUCUAACUUCAAAUUUAAAAUGUAAUCUCGACAUUUCGACACCGGUUUUAUAACUUAAAAAGUUACAAUUGGUUUAUGAUUGCUAAAUAAGGAAUCAUCAUUAUAAAUUAUGGAAAUUGAUGGUAAUGAUUCACUUGAAGAGAAAUAUCUUUUAGUUGCUAAAGCUGACAAUGUUAAACACAUUUCGUCUUUAUUGAAGGCAGUUAAUUUCAAAGACGUUGGUGUAUGUUUUGCAACUGAACAUGGUUUAAAAAUUGUGGUGGAAGAUUCUAAAUGUGUACAAGCAAACACUUUUAUAGGCAGUGAAAUAUUUCAAGAAUAUCACCUUAAUGAUGAUACGGUUGCAUUUCGUAUAGACCUCAAUACUUUAAUUGAGUGUCUGACAGUAUUCGAUGGCUGUUCAACUAACCCUAGUUCCACAACUGCUUUAAAAUUGACAUACAAAGAAUAUGGUUCUCCGGUGAAAUUAUUAUUAGAAGAAGGAGGUAUUAUUACUGACUGUUCAUUAAGAACAAUGGAAGUGUUUGAUAUCCUGGACUUCAGUAUACCGGCAGAAUCGACUACCAGUAAAAUUAUAUUAAGAUCCUCAGAUUUUAAAGAUAUUCUCAGUGACAUAGAUGGCACUUCUGAUUAUGUUGAAUUUACAUUUUCUGAAGAGCCACAGUAUUUUAAAAUUUUAACCUCUGGAAUCGCAGGAAAAUGUAGUGUUGAGAUUCCGUCUAAGAGUGAAAUAAUGGAGCAGUUUGUUUGCAGUACAACAAUUACUGUUAAAUAUAAAUAUAAACAGAUUAAACCUUUUUUAAAAUGUAUGAACAUAUCACAAAAAACAUUGAUACGGACAAAUGAGGAAGGACUAUUGUGUUGUCAAUUCAUGGUACAAGUAGACAGCCAUACUUGUUAUCUAGAAUAUUUUUGUACACCGAUUAUUGAUGAAGACUGAUGCAUCAAAUAUAAAUACAUUACAUAUUUUUUCAGUUCUUAAGAAUAUGUUACAACAAAUUGUUAUGUUUUACUUGAUUUUAUUGUAUGUACUAAUUAAAAAUUAUGUUUCUAUGAAAAUCACGAUUAAAGAUAUUAUAUUAUUA